AGGCCGCUAGCUGAGUGGACGAGCGUGAGGAUGAAUACAACAUUAUGAUUAAAUCUGGGUGAAGAUAAUGCAGAACAACAUUAACGCCACUAUUAAUUUCAUCAGUGUUCGUUUACAUCCAUCAACAUUGCACAAUACGUGGCGCCAUGUUCGACCAGGAUUCCAGGGUGAUCCAGAGCGCCUUCCUGCACGCCAUCCAGCACUACAGUCAAAACACCGCGGGCAGGAGGCUUCAGCUUCACGCCUUUGUGGGCAUCAUCAGUAUGGCGGAUGCCUUCAAGAUAUCCAGACUGAGUGAUGUCACAGAGAGCAAGUAGAAGAAAACCUGGGAGACUUGCAAGAGCCGCACCUCACCGGGGCUCUGCAAUGUGUGGCAGCGACUGCAGGAAUCAACACUUCGGUUUGUCAGCACACAGUUUCAGCAACCUUGUUCAUCAGACUGUUGGUGAAAGGUGAUCACUAUGAAAGAGGUCAAGACUCCACAGACCGACUGGGAGACAUGACGUCAGUGCCACCACGCAGGGAGUAAAACCAAGAGGAGGAAGAGGAGCAUUCAUGAGACAUCAGCUGGUCAGCAGUCCAUUCAGUUUGUGGCCCUGAUUUGUAAGUGCCAGGAAGACCAUGGUGAAGGCAGCCCACAAACCUUCCGUUGGACAUGAGUGGUGAACGGCAGUGAAAAUAUGGCAGUAUCUGAUUCUUUGCACCAAAACACAGUGUGCUUAUUAACAGAUUUAUUCACUGUUCACUCAUUUGCUCAUCUCUAAAGGAGUGAAGAGUGUGCACUGAAUUUCACAAGAGGAAGUGAAGGAUGAAGCAUGAAGGUUUUAGGCCAAAAUGAACAGACAGCAAUCAGGAAUGACACGUCCAGCAAAACCGGCAACACAGCAGAGUGCAGCCUCUACAAGUGGUGGAGGGCAUGGACACUUGGAUAUGGAUGACACUGGUUUGGGUGCCAAAUAUUAAUAGUGCACCUACACAAUUACCACACUCGCUCCUCUCACCAGGCUUAACUAUAAAUAAUUAAAGGUAAAUAACAUCUGUCAUCUAUUAUCUAUUGUAUUCUAUAUUGCUGUUAAUGUUUCAUGUAUAAUGUCUUUGCUUUCAAAUGCAAGUCAAAAGGGUGAACCCCAUUUAUAGUACUAUUCACGUUUGGCAAAUUUCACUUUUGACAUUGGUUUGGCUACACUAAUUAAACUGCUAACAGUGAGGGACUACUGUAAAUGUAGUAAUAAUAAUAAUAAUAAUAAUAAUAAUAAUAAUAAUAAUAAUAAUAAUAAUAAUAAUAAUAAUAAUAAUAAAAAGUAAUGAUAAAGUGCAAGACAUGUUCAUUAACGCAAUUAUUUUCUCCA